AUGCCUAGCAAAUUCACUUGGAGGGAUUUACUAGCUUUAAACUCUAAAGAACAAUCAUUUAACACACCAUUAUCAUGUAUUUGUCACAUCGAUAUCAAUGCCUUUUUUUCGCAAUUUGAACAGCUCAGGUGUAAAUUUACAGAAAAUGAUCCUGUUGUUUGUAUUCAAUGGAACAGUUUAAUUGCUGUCUCGUAUGCAGCUAGGAAAUAUGGGAUAAAACGAAUGGAUUCAUUAGAAGAAGCCAAAAAAAAAUGUCCAAAGUUAAUUCCAAUACAUACAGCGGUUUUUAAAAAGGGCGAAAGUUUUUGGUCCUAUAAACCAUUUGGUUAUAACAUAGACCCCUCCAACCACAAAGUUUCUUUGGAUCCGUAUAGAAGAGAAAGUAGAAAGAUUUUAAAGUGUUUCCAAAAGUACUGUGAUCAAGUGGAAAAAGCUAGCGUCGAUGAAGCCUUUUUAGAUUUGGGUAGGAUUAUUUUCAAGGAAAUUAUGACCUGCAAAUUUUUUGGAAAAAUACAAAACACAUUUAUCCAUGGAGAUUAUAAAUUGGAUGAGAAAUUACCUGAUUUAUUUGAUAUAGUGAGCCAUAAUAGUAUUGAGAAAGAUUCUGAAGAAUACUGGAAAUUUCUGGGCGACGUAUUUAACCCUAACAAGAGAUCAAUUUUUGUCGAUUGGGAUGAUAUUUCUAUACUUAUAGGGUCCAAACAUUGUUUUAAAAUACAGCAAAUUAUUAGAAAUGAAUUUGGGUAUAUGACAUCAUGUGGGGUUAGUAAUUGUAAAAGUAUAUCUAAAUUGGCAUCUGAUUUCAAGAAACCAAACGGCCACACAAUUAUAAAAACAAAUUGUCUUGAAGAUUUUUUAGACCAGGGGAAAUUUGAAAUAACUUCAUUUUGGACUUUUGGCGGGAUUAAGGGCAAAGAACUUGUGGAAAUAUUAGGGUUGCCUCAAGAAAAUAGCAUAAGUUAUAUAAGAGAAAGUUGGCCCAAUUCGCAUUUAGAACUCCUGGAAUAUUUGAAAACUAAAUUGCUUGCUUUAUCCGAAUUUAAAACUUAUAGUAUCAAAGUAGAGUCUUCGCAAGAGUGCGAACUGGUCUGCUUGAAACUUUAUCUAUUAACAAGGGGGCAAUGGAAGGAACUAGUGAACCCUAAACCAGUAGUAAAAAAUAUGUCAGCAGUCAAAAAUAUGCGCGGAGGCACGUGCGCUUGUCUACAAGAUUGUUAUUCCUGGCUAAAGGUGUUCUGUAGUGAGUUGAGCAGUAGGGUUAACGAAUUAGAAAAGGAAUAUAAUAAAGCCAUUAUCCCUAAAACUAUCCAUGUUGCGUUUAGAGGGUGCGAAAAGUACCAAUUUGUCAAACGCUCUAAAAGCAGUGGCCUACUGUUAACAAGUUCCAAAACAACCUAUGAAGCGCUAUAUAAGAAUGCUAUAGAAUUAAUGCAGGAAUUAGACAAGGCUUAUAAACAAGUUAUGUAUCCGUUAACCAAUUUAAAUAUGUCGAUUUCAAAUAUGGAAAUACUAAGUGCCGGUUCGUCAGUAAUAGAUUUAUUUCAAAAGAAUAUGAACACAAAAAAUACCAAUGAUAUCGUAAACACUAAAGAUUGUGGAGCACCUUUGGAACAAGCAACAAAAAAAGACGCUAUUGCUAGUGAAGGUGCUUCAUUUUACCAAUGUGACCAAUGUGACAUGUCAUUUAGUGAAAAAAAAGAAUACAACGAACAUGUGGAUUACCAUUAUGCUAUGAAGCUUUCUGAAAAUUUGAAUGGAGCUGAUGAAUUUUCCACAUCAUUAUCUUAUGGUGAAAGGUUACUUUUAUUUGGUAAUAAAUCAAAUCAUAACAAUAGUAUUAGUAAUAGUAAUAAUAAUAAUAAUAAUAAUGGUAAAGUGCUGAAGAAGAAAGUUGAGACUGCGACUACCAAUAAAAAAGUUGGUAUUCUUAAAUAUUUUGAUACUUAA